AUGUUGUCGAGAGGAACACCAAAUCGGCAAUCAAGGAAAUAUGACGUGCACCCAGGCUUACACAGUUCCAAUGUCAUGAUUGAUCCAGAAAGAGCAGGGGAAAUAAGGCAGCAAGGCUUCUUGUUAUUCAUGCCAUCUCAGCUACCCUUCGCAUCUCAUGGAUCACUACAGUAUCUCGAGGAUACUUUGUUCCUCGAGAACAUGCCCGUAGAGUUCAGCUCCCUCAAACAAGCGCCCCUCUACUUUGAAUUUCUCAAUCGACGUGUCUUAAAUUGGUAUACAGAUUGCAAUUACCAAUGCCCAGGAGAACGAGAUCAUCCGACCGAAGUUGAUCGUCGAUGCCCAAAUACAAAGCCAACGAUAUACUCAGAAGAUGUCUUGGCCUAUAUAGCAGCUACUGAUAGAUGGUCGAGAGCAUUUACUUACAUUUUCUAA